CACGGCGAGGUCGAACCCCCGACUUGCCCCCGACUUGGAACGACGGCUUUGCUCUUACUUCUUUGACCGGACGAGGUUUCGAACCAGACGAGCGCAGGUUUUACACUGUUGGCGCGUACGUCGCCCCUUCCAACAUGGACGAGCUCGUAGAGCAUUGCAUGCGGCAGCUCUCCUUCGACGGAGACCUAGGCAGCAAGGCCUCGCGGUUGCGCGACUUCAUCAUCGACUUCUACAACCAUGCCUCCGCCCCGCAUCAGCAAAACGCAGACGAUGCCUUCUGCGCCUUUGUGUGGUCCGUCCUCGCGCAGCAGCCCACUGUUCGCGUAGGGCUGGUCCCCGCUGGUGUGACCUCGGAAGUCUGGAUCGCGCCUCAAAAUAGCAAGCGAAGGAAGGCCAAAGCCAAGGGCGAAGAGAUAGAGGAAGUACUACCCGCACAGCUUGAGGUCAUCGAAGGUGCAGCGAACCGUAGCCUCGAGGAACUGCAAGCCGAAUAUGGCGACCAACUUCGCAUUGGCAUUCACCAAGAUGCCAUCUGCACUGCUAUAACCGGGUCUCAUAUACGCUCCUCCAAAUUGAGUCCCAUGGUGUACUCAACUCUGCAAGUCGUCACGCGCGGCAGAGAAAACGGUGUCACUGUCGUCCAAAUCGGCCAAACGACAGGAUAUGAUCAAAAGACGUGCCAUUACUUGGUGGGACAGCUUCUCAGCCUUGAUCUAUGUGUCAAAGUCCGUCGAGGAGGCGUCGGGACCCACUUUGUAAUCCACAAGUACUUCUUCGAGCGCUCUCCUUCCUGGCAAGCUAUUCGUGAGGAAGAAUUGCGUGCACAAGAAGGGGAGAAAGCGAAAGCGACACAGCCCACUGACGAGGAUGCGGCCAUGAAUGACUGGCAUAACCUGGACUUCUCGCCAAUCGACGCCCGCCACCUCUCAAGCUAUCCGCUUGUGCGCAACCGCGUCGUGAGCCUCUUGAAAGCGUCCAGAAACCAUAUGCAUCCUACGACCAACCUCUUGAUCCGCAUUGGCUUUGCGCAUCCAACGAAGACGGAUCGUCGCUUCUUCCAAAGCCGUGUUCGGGAGAUGGAGGCCGAGGGCCUCAUCGACCGCGUCACCGCACCUAGCACAGGAAAGUCGGCAGGGACCGUCAAGUGUCUGCGCCUCCUCGAAGGCGGCAAACCCGACUCCAAUACGGACGGCGUCGUUGUACAGACCGCGGAAGAUGAUGAAGACGAGCAGGCAGAUGCUUACGUCGAGAACGGCGUGAAGAUGAACGUCACGCUACAUCGCCAAAUCAUCGACUUGAUAGCGCGAGCGGGAACCAGUGGCCUGACUCUCAACGAUAUUUCAGACAGCCUCAACCAAUUCGAUAGGCGUACAGUCGAACUACUCAUCGCCCGUGCAGAGAAGGAUCCUCCUCCCGCGCAUAUAAAGGACCUCAGCAUCGUCUCGCUCAUGGAGACUUCAGGAAGAGAGCGACGCAAUCGGUAUUACACCGUCUCCGCAUAUCGCACGCUGCUGCAAAGCGAGAACCUCGAUCAGUCGUCCAACCCAUACACGGACGCUGACUUCGCUCGCGUUGGGGAGUUCGCUGAGAUCGACGAAGACCUGUUCUACGACGAUGAGGAGGAGCUGGCCGAGUAUCAGGAUGGCUCCAAGGCGCCGCCCGCGAAAGACACGCCAGGGAAGCCAGGCCGCAAGAAGAAGGCUGCCGCGGAUGGUGCAGACAAGACGACGAAGACGGCGCAAAAACGGAAGGCGCAAGCCAACACUGCGAACGAGGGCGACGAGGCAGAGGACCACCUGCCGCCAGCCAAGAAACGGAAGACGAAGGCUGCGAAGGCGCAGGACGCUACUCCGAAGGAGCCGAAGAAGCGGGGUCGUCCAUCGAAGGCCAAACCGGCCGAAGACGCUGCCCCUUCGACUUCAGCGACACCAAAGCGGAAGGGACGUCAGCCAAAGACGAAGGCUGGCGCGGCGGUGGAGGUUGACGAACUCGCAGUCGAAGAGGGAGUCCAAGCCGCGGCCUCUUCAUCGCUAAGGAGGACAGUCAGCCCUCCAGAGCCAGACGCGACGGGCGGAGGUGCCGAAAGUCCAGAAAGUCGUCCACGGAAGCGCGCGCGCAUGGCGUCUGCCGGGGCCCCAAGCGCGACACCUGCUGCAGAAGCCGUUACGGGCAAUGUAAUGGAUUUGAGCCAAGCAAAUACCUCAUCUGCCCCUGGGAAGGACGUCGCCACGGGUCCUACUCUUGUCUGGCCUCCGGCACCUCCUCCGUGGGAAGCACCGCCCCCUGCCAAUCCAGCCAUACCCAUUGAUCCAGCUCUUUUGACUUCAACCACUCCUGCAGCGACUGCGCCUUCGAAACCCGCAUCAACCUCUGCCACGCCUGGCCCAUCUUCGACAUCGACGCCGCAGGCGCAGGCUGGAAAGAACAGAGCCAAUCUCUCACAUCUUCGCCGAGAGAACGAAGUUUACCAGGUCCUGCAAGAGCUGGGAGGCGUUAUGAACGUUGUCACGAAGGACAUCUACGACGCGCACACGGCUCUCCUGGACCGUUUGCACGAUGCCGGCGAACCGACCAGUUCGCCACGCGGUACACGGAUGGACAAGCGCACGCUUCAGCAAGUCAUAGCCACCCUGGAAAACCGUGGUCGUAUCAAGACGACCUACGGAAGUGUGCGGACACAUACCGGCGCUCAGCGCGACGUUCGCAUCGCCUACGUUGCUGGCACUCCCGAGGAGAAACUCAAGCAAUACCUGACCGAACUGGGACGUAGCAUGCAGAUGCCGUCGCAUCCCAUCUCGCGGACCCCGUCUCACUAUAUCACCGCUGCCUAUGGCAUGGUGGAGUCAGUGCCAGCGCCUCGCGACCCUCUCCCGCUGCAGUUGCUGCAGAUGGAGCGCCCUGGAGACGAUCCUUCAGAACGUUGGCGCAAAAACUCCGCGCGGGCAGAUCAGCUCUUUGGUUAUAGCCCGGAGACAAUACGUGAAGUCCUGCUCACCGAGCGCACGACGCUCGCGCAGAGCUACGGCUUCAUCGUACCGAAGAUGACGCGUAUCUGCACCUUCCAUCUCGCUUUGCUGGCCGCCCUCGAGAGGAGCACGUCCUCGCCGUACAUCGCGUCGCAAGAGAAGCGCAUCAUUGACACAAACUACUUCACCUACGAUAUCUCAGUUGGCUUGCACCUUUCGGUGGUUGCACAGACCACUUACGAUGAGGACCUCACGGAGUUCCUGAAGCAAGAGGGUGCAAGGGAUACGCUCACGCGGAACCUGCCACCUGCUCUGCAUACGACGCUGCAAGUCGGCCGUGCGCGGUGCCGCUCGCGUUUCUUGGACUUGCUUGAGAUGAUGCGACAGCUGGGGCUGGUCAUUCCGCUCAUCCCAGCUCAGUCACCAACUCCCUUCAUCACUUGCGCGCCUCACGGCUUUCACCCGACUGCAUACGAUGCAGCACCAUUGGAGGGGUGGAACGUCAACACGCCUAUGACCGCACCCAUAUACUGGGCAUUCAACGACUACGCGCCCAUCUACCUUUGGGCGCUGUCGGAGGCAUCGCCGCCUUUCUGGAAGACGGUAUCAGUCCGCGCCUACCCAGACGCCGUCCAAUUUUGGGCAACCUUGGAGAACGUCUCUUUGGAUCAGGAAUUCUGCUCGUCUUUUGAGAUCUUCCAGGGCGCGCCUGCUGCCAACAAUCCCAGCCUUGCACGUUCUCUUCGCCGUAAGGUAGGGUGGGGAAGAGACUAUGUCCUCACUUGGCACCAGAGUCGAUACCUGCAAAAGCUGGUUGAUCCCGCGACGGCUGAGACCCCUCUGGAUGAUCCCGAUCCUCAAGCUCUCAACAACAUCGCGCGCAUCGUCAGCGCGCCUGUGCACGUCAUCCAUGACUUCUUCGUGAAGGCGAAGGACAAGAUGGCUGGGGAACUGGAGAAGGCCAGAGCGCGUAAAGCGAAGCAGAGCGACGCUGAGCGGGAGGAAGAUGCAAGAGCAAAACUGAUCCAGAAGAUCGAAGAGGAGCAGCGCCGUCGGGAACAGACUUGGGAGGAGAUCGUGCAGCGCGUACACCCAGAGCCUCUCAAGGCCUCGGAGUCUGCGCGCAUCAAGGCCGUGAAGGAGCGGUUUCUGGCCAGCCUGGGCACAGCGUCGCCGAAGUGGGAAGGUCAGCUGAGGGACGCCAUGCGCGAGGCAGAACUCGCCGACAAGUCAAUCAUCAAGGUUCGCAAAGUGCCACCGCCGAAGCCGCGUCCUCCGCCACCGCCCGUCGUUCCUGCUAGUGGGCAUGAGAAGACAGUACGGGAACUCAUCGCACAGCAAGGCCCUCCGUUACCAGAGCAGCAGAAGAAGCGCAAGCGCGAGAAGGGAGAGAAGGCUGAGCCGAAGGAAGACAAGCAGAAGAAGACGAGACGCAAGCGUUUCCAGUGGAAUCGCGACUACGAUGAACUUGCCAUGGACGCUUCGGCGAUCAUCCGUGUGCGGUGUCGCAACCUGCGCCUCGACUGGGGCGCAUUCGAGCAGGCGUUUCCAAGUGUUCCUCGUAACACUGUCCGUCAGCGUCUGCAGACCCUCCGCGAGGCGCCUGGGAAUGAGGCUUACCUGAAGCGCCUUGAAGACCGCUGGGCAGAGCUUUGGACGGCACAGCGCGGUUCGGACGACCUUCCCGAUAGCGAUCUUGAGAGCGCGACCAACUUCGAUCUGGUCAAGCACCUCGAGUACCUUCGUCGACAUAUCGACAAGAAUGCACUACGCGUGGGCUUUGCAGCUAAUCAAGACGAGGGUGCUGUAGAGUUGCCGGCGUCCGUUGAACAGUUGGAAAGCGCUUUCGAGGUUGUUGAAGAGCCGCCUUCCGAGCCUGCUUUCGAUUUCAUCUGGAACUCGCUUGUCGAGGAUGAGAGAGAGAAGCGACUUCUUCGUACGGCUGUGACCGUGAACCCGGAGACAGCGCCGCCCUUCGACGACUGCGUUAAAGGUAAUUGUAACUCCUUGAAUGUAUAUGUACAUGGUUCUGAUUACCCUUCUCAGAUGACGAUGGGUACUGCACACGAACACUACGAUGCUGAGACCGCUGCUCGUCUUCUUCGUGGUCUCGGGGAAGAUACCGUAGCGGCUGCGACGACCAGUCUUUUGCGCCGAGGGAUCCUAUCCAAGCUCAUUCGGGAUCCCAAGAAGACGAAGCCCGGGCGGCUGCUGAAGAUCUCCGAUCCUAAUCAGAACAUCAUUGGUGGCCCUGUUCAUCGUGAUAUCUUCCAGGAUGCUGCGGCUCUGGAGGACAUCUCUGCCGGACAGGAUACGUGGAGGGAGUGGCCUCUCGUUGCCACCGAUGGUGAUGUGGCAGCAUUGAUUCAGCUCGUAUCGGAAGACAAGGCCGACUUCGAGGUUGACACCACGCAUCCACGCGAAGUCUGGCCUAAGGUCGAUUGGAACAGCAAGAAGGCUGGUCAGUAUCCCUACCUGAUCAUAUCACUGUCUUGCUGA